AUGCCGCCAAAGCCGUCUGCAAAGGGAACGAAGAAAGCUGCCAAGAGUCAGAAGGUCAGCCGUAGCAGCGACAAGAAGAAGAAGCAUCGCCGAAAGGAUAGCUAUUCUGUCUACAUCUAUCGCGUCCUGAAACAAGUGCAUCCGGAUACUGGCGUUCCGUCCAAGGCUAUGUCUAUUAUGAAUUCGUUCGUCAACGACGUAUUCGAACGUAUUGCUGCUGAAGCUAGCCGUCUGUCCCAGUACAACAAACGAUCCACCAUUUCAUAUCGCGAAAUUCAAACCGUCGUUCGUCUGUAA